AACCUUAAUUUCAAAAUCACCCACGUACCUCCCACCUGAUUGUUCCUCCGUGAGCCACGCUCACUUUCUCUUCACCCCCCACCGCCAACCCCUCUCCCUUGUAUACACACAACACACAGUUCAGCAAACUAAAAAGGAAAUAAACAAAAAGAAAAUGGGGAAAAAGGGAGAAAGAGAGAUCUGCGAGAGAGCAGAGGAGAUCGGAGAACAAGGAAGGGGAGGGGGCUUUGCCGCCACCAUCGCGCACCACCACCGACGUCAUGACGCCGAGCCACCACGCAAGGAGAGAAGGAGACGUCGCUGCUGCUGCCGCCGUCGAGCAGAACCAUUUCCGGCGAGGGAGAGCGCGCGUUGCGAGCCAGAAACGCCGCGAGGAGGAAGAGGAGCCAUCGCGCUCCGCCGCUGUCCAGUCACCGUCGAGCUGGGUUCACCGUCGCGCCUCACUACGCGUCACCAUUGAGCUUCGAAGAGAGAGGGAAGACAAACGCGACAGUGGGAGCUCCAUUGAAGCUGGUCACCGUCGUUGCUGCCGUCCGAGCCGCCGCCAGGGGAAGCCCUUGCCGCCGUUGCCACGGGUGGAGUCUUCCAUCGAGCUGUGCACUGUUGGUGGAGCUAUACCUUGCCGGAGUUACUUUUCACCACUGUCAGUUCAGUUUCACCGCAAUCCUACUCCACUUACUGGUGGAGUGGCUUUGACAAAUGGUUUAGUUUCCGCAUUAGAAGAAAGAGUCUUACAUGCCAUUCCUCCAAAUGAAGCUAUUGAUACUGUGGAGGUGGAAGCAAUCUUCGCAAAGGAGACCUUCUUGUUAUUGCUGGUGCUACCUUGUAUGCAAUCAGUAAUGCCAGUGACGAAUUUCUGGUGAAAAAUGUUGAUAGAGUUGAGCUCAUGGCAAUGUUAGGUCUCUUUGGUGGCAUUAUCAGUGCCAUUCAAAUAAAUAUCCUUGAGCGCAAUGAACUCAGAUCAAUUCAUUGGUCAAUUGGGACAGAACUCCCAUUUAUUGGAUUUGCAGUGGCUAUGUUUAUGUUUUACUCUUUAGUCCCUGUUCUACUUAAGUACAAAAAUGUGGCUAAGAAGUAUUGCCCUCCCUCAGUACCUUCAGAAUAUUUUCAGAAUUGAGGAAAGAUACAUUUGAAUUGCCGGUUCUCAAGAGAGAAGGCCACUCUUCUCUUAUCAUUGUAUAUGUAGUUGCCAUUUUUCCCACCUUGAUUAGAAGAGUUCUUGUUGUAUCUGCUUUUCAUUUGAUGUGGCAUGUUGUUUCUGCCUUCAUUUUUUUUCAAUACAUAUAUGUAGUAUACAUAAAUAUAAAUCUAUUUGUAUUAGAAUCUAUUUUCCAUUUCAUCUUUA